AUGUCAUCAAAAAGGCAUCGUGAUGAAUCGUCAGAUGAAUCCGGUGAUGGCGAAUGCAUUGGGCCAUCAUUAUCGGAAGCCACUUCAAAUGAACAGUCUUGUCCUACUUCGGAAAAAAAGAAAAAAUGCUUGCAGUUUGAACAUAUGUACCUUAAAAAUAUUCCAGAUAAGGAAUCGUAUGAAAAGAGCUAUAUGCACCGCGAUGUUAUUACACACAUUGCCGUUACGAAGACUGAUUUUAUAAUAACUGCAAGUUGUGAUGGCAUCGUGAAAUUUUGGAAAAAAACAGACGAAGGGAUAGUUUUUGUCAAACAUUUUCGUGCACACCUGGGAAAUAUCAGUUCAAUUAGUAUCAAUACUUCUGGAACGUUAUUGUGUUCUGUAUCUAAUGAUAAGUCUUUAAAAGUUUUCGAUGUAUUAAAUUUUGAUAUGAUUAAUAUGAUCAAACUAGGAUUUUCUCCUGGAUUUUGUGAAUGGAUUCAUUGUGCUGGAGAUGCAAUUUCUGCUGUUGCUGUUUCUGUUAAAGACUCCAAAGAAAUAUAUGUUUAUGAUGGUAGGGAAGUAAAUGAACCAUUACAUAUUAUAAACAAACUUCAUUUGACAGCUGUUGCUUUGAUAAAAUUCAAUCCUGUUUUUGAAGUGGCAGUUUCGUGUGAUCGAAAUGGAAUGAUUGAAUAUUGGUCUAGCAUAAAAAACGAAUUUAAAUUUCCAAAAUGUGUGAAAUUUGAUUCAAAACUUGAUACAGAUCUCUAUGAGUUGGUAAAGCACAAAACUUAUCCCACAGACUUAGCAUUUUCACCUAAAGGUGACCAGUUUGCAAUGCUGUCAACUGACAGAAAAGUGAGAAUAUUUCGAUUUUUAACUGGUAAAAUGCUGAGGGUAUACGAUGAAAGCUUACAACAACUGUCCGAACUUCAACAGGCACAUCAGCAACUUCCAAACAUGGAGUUUGGGCGUCGAAUGGCCAUAGAAAGGGAUUUGGAGAAAACUGAUUUAUUUGAAACUGCAGGAAUCGUAUAUGAUGAAAGUGGAUAUUUUAUUAUGUAUGCCACCAUGUUGGGUAUAAAAGUUGUAAAUGUGUAUACUAAUCGAUGUAUCAGAAUGAUUGGGAAAAAUGAAAACAUCAGACCACUCAAAUUAGCUCUUUAUCAGGGAGCCCCAGGUAAAUCAAAAGCAGCUAUAACUGUCGAAAUGAAAGCUUCUGAUAAUCCAGCUCUACAAAACGUAUCAAAUGACCCAACGCUUUUUUGUACGGCUUUCAAAAAAAAUCGCUUUUAUCUAUUUACCAGUAGAGAACCGGAAGACACAAAAAGUAUAGAUGCUGAGAGAGAUGUGUUCAAUGAAAAGCCAUCCAAAGAAGACAUAAUUGCUGCCACUGAAUCUUUAAGUCAACAGUUAGUCUAUCAUAACUGUGUGAUCCAUACGACCAUGGGUGACAUUCAUUGUAAACUAUUUCCUAAGGAAUGUCCUAAAACAGUCGAAAAUUUCUGUGUCCAUAGCAAAAAUAAUUAUUACAACGGGCACAUAUUUCAUCGUGUUAUCAAGGGCUUCAUGGUUCAGACUGGUGAUCCUACUGGUACGGGUACUGCCGGCGAAUCUAUAUGGGGUGGAGAAUUCGAAGAUGAAUUUCAUCCUUCAUUGAAACAUGAUCGACCUUAUACUCUGAGCAUGGCAAAUGCUGGGCCCAAUACCAAUGGCUCUCAAUUUUUCAUUACCAUGAUUCCAACGCCCUGGUUAGACAAUAAGCAUACUGUAUUUGGUCGUGUAAGCAAAGGCAUGGAAGUAUGCCAGAAUAUUAGCACUGUAAAAACUAAUCCAAAAACAGACAAGCCAUAUGAUGACAUCAGAAUAAUUAACAUUACAUUGAAAUAAACAUUUCACCUGUUCCUUCUCAUAAUAAUUUUAUAUUAAACUCAUAAUU